AUGUCUUCAUUAGGACAUUUUGCUUCAAAUUAUGACCUUGCUUUCUUCUGUAUAUUUGUUAUUCGUUAUGUUGCUUUAUUCAUUGCUAGUAUGGUAUCAUUGGUUCGUGCUUUUCAAAUUACUUUGGACCAAGAAGAUGCUGAAAAUGACCAAAGUCUUCUUGAGAAUUCCUCGUCUUAUGGCACUUUUCCUUCAGCUGAAGGUGAUAAUACUUCACCUGCGCAAAGUAGUCAACCAAAGAAGAGUGCAGUUACUGAUUUUUAUGAAAAAAUGCUACGCCUUCUUCCUUUCUUAUGGCCAAAUAAAAAACCUUUUCUCCA